AUGGCCAGAGACCAAGUUCUACCUUCAGAGAUUCAAGAAACCGCACUACUUCAACUGCUUGCCAAUUCCCUAGUCCUUUCCCAAACAGCUCCGUACCUGUCCUGCUACGAUGUCUUGAAUCUGGCUGCCACUUCGCGCGCAUUUCGUUUCCUGAUCUACCAUACCCCGCAAGUCUUCCGCCGCCUGAAUUUGGGCAACGUCAAGACAGCCCAGUUUGACAGUGAUGCCGUUGACCGGGGUGGCGAGACCUGGCGCAAUGUUCAGCUUGACGAAAUCUUGACUGAGGACGAUUUCUAUUCGAGGCCUCUGAGAGGCAUCUUCUCCAACCUCCGACGGCAUGACAUCCUUCGGGAUGUGCAGGUUUUGACCCUUGAUGGUCUUUCUGUCACUGCCGAGCUCAUCCACGACAUCCUCAUUGAUCCGGCAUUUUCAGUUCGCAUUCUAUCGAUCCGCGAUGUCAAGAAUCUGAAUGAACGAAAGCUCCAAAAGACACUGCAAUAUGCGUGCCGGGAGUCCAGACCUGAGGGCACACCGCGGCUCAAGGGUCUCUAUGUGUUUGGUCCGAAGGAUCCGGUACCUGAGGCGGCUCCUCCUCAGGAGAGCUCCCGGAGCCCUUCACCUACCAGUCCGGCCGCGGUAGCAGCAGCCUGGAACACGCGAAGCCAACAAACACUGACGGCUUCUCUCAUUGAGGAACCUGAGGCGUGGUAUUUUCGCCGUGGCAGCCAGUUUCCGUGUCGGAUCAACCCCGACUGGGCCUCUACGCUUGUGGCCUGUGAUGGCAUAGUUGCAUUUGAUUCAGUUCUUUGCACCAGCCCCAGGCAUAUCAACUCGCUGGCAUGGGGCAAGGUUAACCUCGAUGUUCUGAAAGCCGCGGGCUCCCCAGCAUCUGCAUUGAUCCCUCACUUCAACGUGGCCACUCACAGUCUCGGUGGCUGUGAGGGAUGUGGCUCUGCACCCGAAGGUUUUACAGUGUGGGGAGAAGACAUCUAUCCAGAAGAAAGAAAUACUGAGGGAAGAAGGUCUAGUCAUACUUCCAUGGCCGACAUUGGGAGGUUCCCGCUGCUGCCCCCGCCUCCGAUGCAUUCUUCGACCCUGAGCGCUGCAAUGUGUCCGACUGGCCAGGCGGUCCGGCACCGACUUUCUUACCUGAGAAAGGGAAACCAGAACAAGGCGCGCUUCAUCCCACGCUGUUUUGACUGCAUUAGAGACAGGUACUGCGCCGGGUGCAACAAAUGGUGGUGCGAGACGUGCUAUGUCGGGGCGUUUGCAGGAUCAUCCGGUGGCCAUGCUGGAUUGAAUUCAGGGGACCAUGUAAGCAACCCCCCACCAUUACCGGAGAGAACGACAACAGAGACUCGGGGCCCAAGAUACUGGACGGGUUUUGCGCCGAUGGAAAGUGCUCGCUCUACCGUUUCUCGACCGGUUCUGUGA